AUGAUGGUGAUCCUGUUAAACUGUGUUACCCUGGGGAUGUACCAGCCCUGUGAAGAUAUGGACUGCCUUUCUGACAGGUGUAAAAUCUUGCAGGUAUUUGAUGAUUUCAUCUUCAUCUUCUUUGCCAUGGAAAUGGUCUUAAAGAUGGUGGCCCUGGGGAUCUUUGGCAAGAAGUGUUACCUUGGAGAUACCUGGAACCGCCUGGAUUUCUUCAUCGUCAUGGCUGGAAUGGUGGAGUAUUCCCUGGAUCUCCAAAACAUUAACUUGUCUGCCAUCCGCACUGUCCGUGUCCUGAGGCCCCUGAAAGCCAUCAACCGUGUGCCUAGCAUGCGCAUCCUUGUGAACCUGCUGCUGGACACCUUGCCCAUGCUGGGGAACGUCCUCCUCCUCUGCUUCUUUGUCUUCUUCAUCUUCGGCAUCAUCGGGGUGCAGCUCUGGGCCGGGCUGCUCCGCAACCGCUGCUUCAUGGAGGAGAACUUCACCAUACAAGGUGACAUUGUCCUGCCUCCUUAUUACCAACCCGAGGAAGACGACGAGAUGCCCUUUAUCUGCUCGCUGUCAGGAGACAAUGGAAUUAUGGGCUGUCAUGAGAUACCCCCACUAAAGGAACGAGGCCACGAGUGUUGCUUGGACAAGGAUGAUUAUUAUUACUACAAUUCAGUCCGACAGGAGUUCAACAUCAGUGGCAUGUGUGUGAACUGGAACCAGUACUACAACGUGUGCCGCACAGGCAACGCCAACCCUCACAAGGGUGCCAUCAACUUUGACAACAUUGGGUAUGCCUGGAUUGUCAUCUUUCAGGUGAUCACACUGGAAGGGUGGGUGGAGAUCAUGUACUACGUGAUGGAUGCCCAUUCCUUCUACAAUUUUAUCUACUUUAUCUUGCUGAUAAUCGUCGGCUCCUUCUUCAUGAUCAACCUGUGCCUGGUGGUCAUCGCCACGCAGUUCUCGGAGACCAAGCAGAGGGAGCAUCAGCUGAUGCAGGAGCAGAGGGCACGCUACCUCUCCUCCAGCACCGUCGCCAGCUACAUGGAACCAGGAGACUGCUACGAGGAGAUCUUCCAAUACGUGUGCCACAUCGUGCGCAAGGCCAAGCGCCGCACCCUGGGGCUCUACAACAGCCUGCAGAGCCGGCGCCAGGGCGGCCAGCCUGGGGGUGCCCAGCUGGGCACGGGCAGCAGGAGCCAUGGGCACUACAGUAAGGAUGGUGUGG